CUCGUUCACAUCUACCAAAAGAAGAAAAUCGCACCUAAAAUUACAAGUGUAAACGGGCCUUUAUGUUAAUCAAUAAGUAUUUUCAUAAACAAGUUCCGAUCAUAAAAAAUACAUUUAUCAAAUGCAUUAUUGAAAUUGGAAUGCGGUUUAUUAAUGUUUUUUUCAAAUAAAUAGUUGUUCAAGUGAUCUAGUGCAAAAUAUUAAAAUAUUACAUAAAAUUUUGAAGUCAACCCGUUAACUUUGCGGAAAAUAUAACGUAACUCAUUUGACAGACGACAUUCUGGAGCAAAACUUGUGGUUUUUAGCAAUUUUUUUUCAAUUUAAUCCCGUGUUAGUGAUUGUUAAUACCUCAAUGAUCAAAAUUUUUAUUAUUAUUAAAAGUUGCUUUAAGUAACGCUCGCAAUAGUUAAAACCGCUCUUUUAAUAAACAGGAAUCCUCGACAUGACUUCAAUUCAUAAUAAUAUCGAGGACUCAUUUCAUCAAGUCAAUCUCACUGCAUACAAAAUGUCAAUCUCGAACUUUUUCGAAAUACAGUAUUUGCCGAUGUAUUUUGUCUGUGUGAUUGGGAUUCUAUCAAAUGCGAUGCUGUUGGUAGCCCUUGUCAAAGAUCCUUUAAAAUGCUUCAGAAAUUCAGCGACAUAUCUCAUCGGAAAUUUGGCGUUAUCUGAUCUGAUGUACAACUUUGCGCUAAUACCAACUGUGAACCCGAGCUCCACCAUAGAAGCUUGUCUCGUUUUUCAGUUUUUAUUGCUAUAUACCUCAACGGGGACCAUAUUUUCGAUAGCGCUCGACCGAUAUUUCAUUGUCUGUCAUCCUUUUAAACACCGUUUCUUCAUGAGCGGCAACAGAAUGGUUGUGUGGAUUGGUAUGGUGUGGGUUCUCAGUUCAAUCCAUUCGUUGAAGAGAAUUUUCGCACCAAACGAUAACGAUUUGUUGGCAAAACCAGGCGUCGCUUUAUCCUUGAUCAUCCUGACCGCGCUCUUGUACGGGAAGACAUAUUACCUGUUGAGAAAGCAAGCGAAAUCCAUGUUAGAAAAAAGAUCUGCACUUCCUUCUCAGCAAAGAAACCUUACCUCCAACCAAAGUUGUAUUUCGACCGAUACUUUAAAAGUUAUUACUAUUGCUGAUUCAAGACGAACCCUAUCUUCGUAUUCCGAAAAUGAACACAUUGCGAAUAAGACCUUAGUUCGUGAUGCAAUUUGUGGUCCGUUUCAAAGUCAAAAUUACCGUGCUGUGAAUGAUAGUUAUCGUGCUCGUGAUUCGCUUGAGCGUUUUCGGAGCGCAACUGACCGUGCGUGUAGUCUGGAUGUAUUUGUUGAGGAAAAGAAAGAACGAUCUGAAUUGGAACUAAAUAAACGUGCUGGAACUCAUACUGAGCGUGCUCCAAAUCGUGAUGAACGUGCCGAAGGUCAUUAUGAGCGUGCUGGAAAUGUUCAACGUGCAGAGAGUCUUUCUGAACGUAUUCAAGUUUAUGACGAACGUGUCCAGUGCUUUCGUGAACGUGUUCAAAACCACGACGAACGUGCUGAAAGUCCAGAUAAACGUUCCCAAACUCAAGACGAACGUGUUCGGAAUCAGAUUACUCGUGCCCGAAGUCGAAAUGAUGAGCCAGGAGCCUCGACUAGCAGCACGCAAAACCCUUCACCACAAAAUCUAUCCGUCGAAAAGCGUAAACGUUUCCAAACCAUCAACAAUGGAAAUGAACAAAAGUUUCUAAACACCAUAAUCAUCAUAGCGUUUGUGGCCGUGAUCACGGUUGCCCCUGGAACCUUGUUCUUACAGAUUUGGCAUGAGGCUGCACGUGACAGUAACAAUGGAAACGGAUUUUUGAGCGUCGUCAUAGGUUUUAUAUAUUGCCUCAAUUUUGCAGUCAAUCCCUUUAUCUAUUGUUGGCGCUUGGGGCGGUAUAGAAAAACGUUUAAGAUAUUGCUUGGAUGCAAGUCCUAGUCAUAUUUAAUGAUCACAUUGAAAAUGUUAAAACCACUUGCAUUUUUUCAAUGGUCUAGUGCGGUUAAGACGUAAGGUCAAGUUUUUUAAAGGCUCAUUUAUACUUUUUGUUGCGUUUUGUGAACUCGCUGAUUUUGCUCUGUCUGUGUGAGAAGCAAUGACUUUGUGAAGAAAGAAUUAAACAACAUUGCCAGAUUGUUUUGUUAGUUCGACUAACUUAGACACACUAAUUUGGUUAGUAAUGAUUAGGUUAGCUUUAUCAAUAUCAAUUGUAGUGUGAUAUUUGAAAUAUGAAAUAAACUCUAAGAUUUAGCUAAAGCCGGAUUAAUUUUCAGUCUAAAUGUUUCCUUUGCCGUUUUAAUUUUUUUGUCGGUUUUCAGAUCAUUGCUGCAUUUUCAGUUGCUUCUCUUAAUCCAUCUCCAUACC